UCGAUCUCUCUCUAAUUUAAUUGUAAUUAUAAACUUUGUACUAAUCAAUAAAGUCAUAAAGAUGAAGAGUGAAGGAGAUAAAGUGACAAGGUUAAUGUUGAUAUUGGUGCUUAUUGUAGUUAUUACAAUAUCAACGCUAGCAAAUGUUUCAACGGCUGCCUUACAAGUAGGGUUCUACCACUCGACUUGUCCUCAUGCAGAGGCCAUUGUGAGAAAGGUGGUGAAGAAAGCAGUGCGGCGAGAUCCCUCCCUCGGUGCUGGCCUCCUACGCUUGUAUUUUCACGAUUGUUUUGUUAGGGGGUGUGACGCUUCAGUCCUUGUGGACUCAACACACAACAACAAAGCAGAAAAGGAUCAUCCGGCCAACAACCCUAGCCUUCGCGGCUUCGACGUGAUCGACAAAGCCAAAUACUGGGUGGAAUCGCAGUGCCCGCACACCGUUUCCUGCGCCGACAUCGUGGCGUUUGCGGCCAGAGACAGCGCGGCGGUGCUGGGAGGGAUCAAUUACGGCGUGCCUGCGGGGCGGCGCGACGGGCGGGUCUCCCUCUUCGAUGACCCGACCCGACACCUGCCGUCUUUCCUGGCCGAUGCGGAGGAGCUGGAGAAGAAUUUCGGGCGGAAAGGGCUUUCGCUGGACGAGAUGGUGACGCUCUCCGGCGCGCACUCCGUUGGGAGAUCGCAUUGCUCCUCGUUUACUAAUAGAUUGUAUUCUUCCAACUCCAGUACUCAACUUCUUCAGGAUCCGUCGUUGGAGGCCGAGUUGGGGAACAAGCUAAGACAAAUGUGUCCCAGGAAGACCAGUGUUGAUCCCACAGCUCCGCUUGAUUUUCGUACUCCAAACAGGUUGGAUAAUGAGUACUACGUUAAUUUGAUGAAAGGUCGUGGAGUGCUAACCUCGGAUCAGACGCUGGCAGACAGUCCUUUGACGGCUAGGAUUGUGCGGUAUAAUGCAAACUACGGUGGUGUAUGGGCUAAAAAGUUUGCCGCUGCAAUGGUGAAGAUGGGCUCUAUUGAGGUCUUGACUGGGGAGGAAGGAGAAAUUAGGAAGAGUUGUAGGGUCAUUAAUUAAUUUAAAUUAAAUUAGUUUCCCUUUUGGGGGGGACUCCUUUCAGUCCUUUGUGCUAAUUUUUUUAGUGUGUUUUUAGCAUUGAAUUAUUAUUAUUAUUAUUAUUUUUUUUUUUGAGUACUA